UGCGAUGUGCCGUGCAGAAUAUCGCCGACAGCCGUAUCGAUCGGGUGUUGUUUGUGGUACGUUGCUCUCACUUCCUAAUAAACGAGUUUACGAGUUCUGAUUUCCUUAAUUUUUUUCAAAUCUUUGUCGGUGAUGUUUGUUUUUUCCUUCUUCACUAGAAGCUGUGCACUGAUUUCAAUUUCGAUGGUGCUCGUCUCGGUUUGUUUUCAAUAAGUGGUCUUUAUUGGUUACGACGUUAACCAAAACAGCAAAGAGGUGCAAUUUGGCAAACUUAAAUUGUUCCAAAGAAAACAGUGAAAUUUUACGCAGUGCAAAUCAGUUGUGAACCGAAAUAAACGCUGCUUGAUACAACAGUCAUCAGUGGUGAGCUCGUUAUAAAGGAGCGUUUUCUUCAACGAUUUUCGGAAGCUUGAGGUAUUUGUGAAACAAAAACCAAUGAAUAAGUGAUAAACCUGGGAUGAGAGAAAAGUUUGCGAUCAGCAAUUGAUAGCGAAAAAAUAUCAUCGUAUAACAAAGGAAGAUAAAGAAAUAGUUUUGAAGUGUGUUGUAUGGUCUGUAAGUGAAAAUUGCAGCCGGAAAGAAAACGUAGAAAAGUGCCAAAAUUGGAAAGUUGGAAUUGCAUCUUUUGUGAAUUGGGUUUUAAAACCGUAAUCGACUCAACACUUGAUCUCGAAAUCGAGAAUAGCAUCACGAGGCGAGGACCAAACGAAGACGGCGGUCUAAUUCUUUCAAGCAGCAUUGCGAAAUUUGAUGUGGUUCGUAGCGGCAUAAAGAAGUUAAAGAAGAUGAUGAAUCAUAUCUGCAAGGAAUCACCAAUUUGAAACAACUAACCCCCCUCAUACGCACCCACUCAAAGAACCGAAAACCGAUCGCUCGCUCUAACCACUGCAAGUCACAUCACAGCUCGCUCGAGACCAAUCAACGCCAGGGCUCAGUCUGAUCUGUUGAAGCGAAGGGUGAGUGGCACUACUACUGUUGGCGAACUAUUCUCCCGGAUGUUCAGACCAGGACUAGAGAGCGCGCUCGUUGGAAGCCGAUCGUGACCGUAACAACGUUGACCAUUGUAUCACGUUGACCGCAGAUUCACGGAAAGGACGUACAAGUACAGUACCGAGAGCCCUAGAUCCUUAACCAGAAAGUGCGUAGAUCUUAGAUACUAAGUACUUCGAUAUCAUCACACCCAGGUGGCUACUUUACUAAUCUACUGAGUACUAGCAGUCAGCGCUUGCUAAAACGAGGUGUGCACACAGGAGCUGUAGCUAUUGUUCGGCAGAUCCGGAAGAGCUUCUGCAGCUCGGUGAACAUUCAUGCCUUUCAAUAUACGGGACUUUCGAGUGAGUUGAAGUUUCAAUAAAAUGGGCCAGGAGAAAUCACUGCCCUCCAGAUGUUCUUCUGCACAUGACUACCGACAUCAUCACCACCACCACCAUCACCACACAACAUCUUUGGCAUCUUCAACGGGAUCCAAAUCUUCCGGUGCGCCAUCCCGUUCUCCUUCAACUGCUUCGACGACUUCUUCAGCUUCGUCUGCCUCCGCAGCUUCCUCCUAUAAAAGCGUUGAACGCCAAACAAAAUAUCUCAACGAGCAUUUGUACAUCAAGUCCUAUCUGGACAUAGAGGAAGAAGACCGUAACGCAAAAUUACUGUUUCAAAAAGUACGACCCGGCGGAAUACGGAACUAUACGCCGAAAAUUCUUUCCGAAAACAAUAAAAAGGAUCUUGAUGUGUGGAUAUAGCCGGUCAGCAACACUUACGUUUGCUGACACCAUCACCUGAACAUAAGCUGCUUAUAGGAAUUCUAAACUAUUGUAUAAACGACUCUUUCUCUCUCUAUUGCCGGCCUUACCAUCGCUCUACUCUAUUUUUGGCAAAACUUGCUUGCUGAACUAGUUCUCUCGUGCAAUGGCUCUUGGACUCGCUUCAGUAGCGGCAGUAGCUGGAGGACUCACGCACACCCCGAUAGCACUACUGACUCUCAUACCACUUAUAGCUGUAGGAGUCAAUUACUAUAGAUACCAAAGUGUAGAUCCGGAAUCGAACCCAAUCGACCAACAAUCAUUACGACCUUACUAUGACUUCAUUGUCAUUGGCGCCGGAUCGGCUGGUGCCGUCAUGGCUUCACGACUCUCAGAGAUAGGAGACUGGUCUGUGUUACUACUGGAAGCAGGUGGCGAUGAGACGGAGGUAACAGAUGUUCCGGCAUUAGCCGGUUACUUGCAGUUAACGGAAUUCGACUGGAAAUAUCAGACCGUGCCGCCAGGAGAUCGGCGGUACUGUCAAGCAAUGAAUGGCGAUCGAUGUAAUUGGCCUAGAGGAAAAGUUAUGGGAGGAUCAAGUGUGCUCAACGCGAUGGUAUAUGUAAGAGGAAACAGGAGGGAUUACGAUAGCUGGUUAGAGCAAGGAAACAUUGGAUGGGGAUACGAAAAUGUUCUGCCUUAUUUUAUUAAAUCAGAGGACAAUCGAAAUCCUUACAUGGCGCGGUCGCCAUAUCAUGGGAUAGGUGGAUAUUUAACAGUCCAGGAAGCACCCUGGAGAACACCACUAUCGAUAGCGUUCAUAAAAGCAGGCCAAGAAAUGGGAUACGAAAAUAGGGAUAUAAAUGGGGAAGAACAGACAGGCUUCAUGCUGCUUCAAGCAACGAUGAGAAGAGGCAGCCGCUGCAGCACUUCUAAAGCAUUCCUUCGACCGGUUCGACUUAGGAAUAAUCUUCAUGUUGCUAUGCACGCUCAUGUGACACGUAUACUGUUUGAUAGGAACAAUAGAGCAUAUGGUGUUGAAUUUUCGCGGAAUGGAAAAAGACAACUUGUUUUUGCGAAGAAAGAAAUUAUUCUUUCGGCAGGAGCGUUGAACACCCCUCAAAUAUUGAUGUUGAGUGGCGUAGGACCAGCAGACCACUUAGCUGAAUUUGGAAUUCCAGUAUUAUCUGAUCUUCCUGUGGGUGAUAACAUGCAAGAUCAUGUAGGCCUGGGAGGCUUGACGUUCCUCGUGGAUGAACCCGUAACCGUGAAGACUGCCCGAUUCACGACAUUACCGGUGGCAUUAGAUUAUAUAUUUAACGAAAGAGGUCCAAUGACAUUUCCGGGAAUUGAAGGAUUAGCCUUUGUUAACACCAAAUAUGCUGAUCCAUCCGGACUAUGGCCGGAUAUACAAUUUCAUUUUGGCCCGAGUUCGGUGAACUCAGAUGGAGGGCAAAACAUUCGUAAAAUUCUCAAUCUUCGCGAUGGAUUUUACAACACAGUUUACAAACCGAUUCAAAAUGCAGAAACAUGGACAAUUCUACCACUUCUUCUAAGGCCCAAAAGUACUGGUUGGGUACGGCUAAAAUCGCGAAACCCAUUUGUGCCACCUGCAAUUGAGCCUAAUUAUUUUGAGCACCCGGAAGAUGUGGCGGUUCUAGUGGAAGGCAUUAAAAUCGCAAUUAAUGUAUCACACACUCAGGCAUUUCAACGCUUCGGGUCUCGUCCACACAGAAUACCCCUGCCGGGCUGUCGGCAUUUGCCAUUCAUGUCCGACGAGUACUGGGCGUGUUGCAUCAAACAGUUUACGUUCACUAUUUACCAUCCUGCCGGAACAGCAAAGAUGGGACCAAGUUGGGAUCCAGGCGCAGUGGUCGAUGCCCGAUUGCGGGUGUACGGCGUUUCCGGAUUGAGAGUAGUAGAUGCUAGCGUUAUGCCAACAAUCGUCAGCGGUAACCCCAACGCACCAAUCAUCAUGAUCGCCGAAAAGGCUGCAGAUAUGGUCAAGCAAGACUGGGGUCGUUGGUGACGGUGAGCAUCAGCUCGAAGAAAAUUCACACGUGCCUAACAUUUUUCGACUAUUGUGAAAAAAUGUGUACUAAACAAGAAGAUUUUCUUAAUUGUGAUAUUAUAGUGCAAGCGAGGACCCACAGAAACUAUACGUUCUUACAGCGGAGCAUGCUGCAGUCAACCACGAAUCGAACGAAUAAAAAGCCGAGAGAAUUUAGUUUAAUCAAUUCCUACUAGUCAGCACUUACGAAUAAACUUAAGUGUUACUGAAUGCAGAAUUUGAGAAAAUAGGGAAAUUUAUCUUUAAAGUUUAGGUUGAUAAUGGUUUUUGUUUUAAAAAAUGCUGUUAUAGGACAAAUAACGUGACUUAGACUAGACAAUGUAGAGUAAACUGACGAUUUAUCUUCUAUUUAUGAAGGAGUUCCAGACCUAUUGGUCCGGGGCCGGGUAUCACCUGGAAGAUGUAGAAACAAUACGGUAGAAAACUCUACAAUUGAGAACCGAAAUGGUUCCAAAGGAAUAAAAAAUGUUACCAAUAAUAAAGAAAAUAAUAUGUUU